UCUCUCGUCACCUUAAACCACCGUCUUAUUGUUUGCUACCACAUAUGUUCUACCACCACCAGUGUAACUAUAUCUUCUGCGCUAACCGUCUACCAGCGCCCAGUUGGCCCCGUUGCUCCUCAUGGGCAUCACAUCUUGUCGUUCGGUCCAUGUUGCCGAAGGGGCUAUUGUCUAGCUUUUCGGAUUGCCCUUUAUCGGCCGCUGGUCGUCUGCGCCGUGCCAGUGAGACUAGAAAACUCCGUCGUCGUUUCCUACGUUCAUCAGCCAGCCUCUCACACUGCCAGUGGUGGUCUGACACUCCUCUCGAAAAGUCCCCUGCAGAUCUUCCCUAGGCCAGCUACAAACUGGUGAGCAGGGUCACUGGUCAGGCACGGAAUCGUUGAGGUAGAGAAAAAUGUUGGUGAGCUGCCCGACAAGCGGGAGGCUGAGCAAAGCAUCCUUCCCACCCUUUGGAAAAACGGCGUCUUCCCCAUCACUCAAAGGCAUACCUCUAGAUUGACUGCGGGUUUCAAUAAUGGUCCAAUAAUAUUCUCGGUAGGUUGUUGGAUGUGCUUGCGAGCCGAAUCGCACAUCAACAACUUGGUACUUGAGGCCAUCCAUGUACUCAUUCCAGGCUCGAGAAUCCCCACUACUACUGGAUUUGCUCCGGCCAGGGCUUUGGUGCUGCUUCUACGAUGUUCGCGUCCCGCUCACCGCCGCACUAACAACGCCUCCUCCGUGUGGCCGAUCUUUCCAUUCUCGACACGGAUUCGGAUUAGCAAGUACUAGUCGGAAUAGCCGAGUCCUUUCCCUGAGCUGGAGCUUCGUCCAUGAUGAUGGUAAGCUGCAGGUGUACACGUUCCUGGAAAGGCCCGGCUCAACGCGACACCAGGGCCUGACUACCGGUAGACAGGCCGGCUCUAACCUUACUGGCAAACCCCUUUAACUCUUAUCAAAGCCUUUGGCUACAGUCUAUGUGUGGUAUGAAGACUGCGUGCCGUCCCUGCUCAGUUCAUGGUAUUUGACUUACAGUAUCGGGGAAGCGGGCUUGUUAUUCUGGGGGUCGAUCGACCUCGCACUGCUCGGUUGCACGCUUUUUGAUGUAGCUCGAGAAUGAGCCCCAGCGUGCGACCAUUUCUGCGCCAGGUUUGUUCCUGUGGGGCCUUGGUGCCUUACGGUGUAUGAAGAGCUAACCGGGGAAGCCAAUCCACCCGCUUUCUAGGUACCUCGUUCUCUCGUCCGAACCUGGUCUGUUCUGCUUCUCAUGAUCGUUUCACUUCCAUUUCCGUUGCUCGUCCUUUCCCGUCGGCAGGCGCACGCCAGAUCAAUGGGGCCCGCAUACCCCAGAUUGAUUUACUUCUCGCUUCUUUUCUGCCCCAACUGACGCAAAUGUUGUCCAAUUUUUGACCAUUCCCCAGUCCCACAAUGCCGCCAGGGUCAGGGAGUGCCAUGCUGCGAGCGAGAAAGAAUAUUCUGCCCAUCCUAAAGUGAUGAGGUGGAAGGGGGCCAGGCACCCUGGCCUGGGGCACGACAAGCGAGUUAAUCUUCAGACUCAUAUCUUGCGCCCACCUCCUGCUCACACCACUCCACAAACAUCCGUUAGGCUUUGCUCAGGCUGUGCCUGGUCCAUGAACAUUGACUGUUGCUGCUUGACAUUACCGUGGCUACCAUUGUGGCGACAUCUCGAAUACACCAUGGGGCUCGAACGUGGCAUGCAAGCUGUGGUGACAGCGACGGUGUUCAACGCGCUGGCGUUCUUGUUUAUCAUCCUUCGUUGCAUCUCUCGAUUUGUAGUGAUAAGGAGAGCCGGACUGGAGGAUGGCCUCAUCGUAUUUGCCCUGGUCUUGUCGUUCGGCCUCACGGUGAUUAUAGGCCUACAAAAGGAACACGGUCUAGGUCGGCAUUCCUGGACAGUCAGCGAUAAAGACCAGAAGGAUUUGUCCAAACUACUCUACGCCAGCAUUCUCGUCUACAACUUGGGACUUUUCCUGGUUAAGAUCUCGAUCCUGUACCAAUAUCUACGAUUCUUCGUGCAGAAAUCUUUCCGCACCGCCGCCUGGUUUUUGAUCGUCUUCAUCGUGGUCGCGGGGUUGGCAAUGCUUUUGACAUCUAGCUUUUCCUGCUGGCCAAUUGCCUUUUUCUGGGACAAGACAGUGCAGAGCGGUCAUUGCAUCAACCUGAUCGCCUUCUGGUUCUGCGUGUCCGCCCUACACAUAGCCACCGAUUUGGCCAUCUUGGUGCUGCCGAUGCCUGUUCUGAAAAGGCUCCAGCUUCCCCGAAAGCAGAAGAUGACGCUGAUUGUGGUUUUUGCGCUAGGAGGAUUUGGGUGUAUCACUUCCAUUCUCCGGCUCCAUGCACUCUACAUCAGCAGCACAUCAUCCGACCUGACCCACGACAACGUCGACGCUGCGACAUGGUCAUCGGCCGAAUUGAACGUCGGCAUCAUGUGCGCCUGUAUCCCCGCCAUGCGGCCCGUCAUCAACUUGAUCUUCCCACGCCUCCUCGGGACCAGUCGUCGCGGCAACACCUCCGAUCCGUACCCUCGCGGAGCUGCCUACUACCGCAACGACAGUGUCGUGGAGCUUUCUCAUGUUCCAAAGGUGGAAAGCCAAGCCAGCCAUGAUCACGACGACAACGUCAGCUUCGACACCACACGUGCCACCAACACCAUCCGCGUCAAACAAGAAUGGUCCAUCUCUUCGCCUGACCAACCAUGAAGAGACUUGAUAACAAACCACCGGCUAGGUCGGGGCACUCGCACGUUGCUACGCUAUAACAAUCCUCCCGGUACCGCCGUUGUACGAUUACGAUAUGUAGAAACAAGAAGAAUGGCAGGAGAAGCUGGAAGCUGGAAGAAAACCAUAUCAGAUGGAGAGGCCUAUUGCAAGGCUAGGCUAAACCCCAUCACUCCCUGGAUGGUUCGGGAGACAGAUCUGAGGAUAAAGGCGGGUAUUAUUAAUGUGAUGGAAAGGGACCGGUUGGGAGGGCCGAAAGAUAACAGGUCUUACUGCGUUGACGCGAUCAGAAGCUUGAUGUUCAAUAUCUGAUAAUCUGAACGACUUGACGAACUGGAGCAACCCCGGCCUGCGGGAGGAAGGACAGGAAGAGACAUGUGAGUAGGUAUGUGUACCUACUGUGUACCAUACAACAGUUAAAUCAUGACUUGGUUUUUGGUUGUAUCUCGGCAACUCUCUGAGGGUUUAUCCGAUGAUUGAGCAGUGACUUCCAAACUGGGCGCACGCGAAAUAAUAUCGGUGUCCACAUAUCACACUAGGUA